GCGGAGAGGGAGGCGUCGUCGGGUGACGCCGUGCCGCCAGCGGAGACCGUCAAGAGCGCCGCCCUCCAGUGGCUCGACAAGGCCGUGGACCAGAUGGACACCGAGGCCUUGCGUGGCUCAGGAACCGCUGGGGAGCCGCAAACUGAUGCGACGGCGAGCACUCGAGGCUCCGAGGCGUGCUGCGAGUCCAACUCGGAGUCUCCGGGCCCCGAGGACACCGCGCCGGGCACGGGCGACGCCAAGGAGCCGUCACCGGCAGAGGCAGAG